AUGUCCCUCCCUCAAUACCCCCCACCGGUGGAUUAUGCCGCGCAAACCAAUGGCUUCAGGGAUUUCUUGAAGGGCUUCAAGUCCUUCCAGUCAAGCUCGGAAGCGGCAGCGACCGAAGCUAUGCAAGACUUGAACAUCGACGGAGGCCGGACUAGUGAUGAAUAUGAUUUCAUGGAUGAUGCCGACGAGAUGGACGGGGCCACAACACGGGGAAGUAAGCGUCAAACCCCGAAGGUCAAGUACAUGCAGAUUCUGCAAGAUGUCGCAAAUCGCGAUACUGCUCACAUCCAAAUCGAUUUGGACGAUCUGGAAACCUUCGAAAAAUCUAUGCCCGAGGGGGAGGACCUCAAGCUAGUCCAAUCCAUCGAAAAGAACGCACACCACUAUGUUGACAUUAUUUCCUCCGUUGUUGACGAGCUUAUGCCUCAGUCAACGAAAGAGAUCACUUACAAGGACGAUGUGCUCGAUAUAAUCAUGUCUCAGCGCGAGAGGCGCAAUGAGGCAACGGAAGCAGCCCUAGAGGCUGACAUGGAAUCCGAUCCUGCUGGUCUUCCUACCUUCCCCGCGGAGCUUACUCGCAGAUAUACUCUCAACUUCAAGCCCCUCACGCCCUCGGGAUCCAGCAGCGACCGCGGCUCUAAAGCCCUUGCCGUCCGAAACGUUCGUGGUGAGCACCUCGGUAACUUGAUCACUGUCCGUGGUAUCACUACUCGUGUCUCCGACGUCAAGCCCGCGAUUCAGAUCAACGCCUAUACUUGCGAUCGUUGUGGAUGCGAGGUUUUCCAACCCGUCACCACCAAGCAAUAUCUUCCCUUGUCGGAGUGUCCUGCAGAGGAGUGCAAGAAAAACAACUCCAAGGGCCAGCUCUUCUUGUCAACCCGCGCCUCGAAGUUCACUCCUUUCCAAGAAGUCAAGAUUCAGGAAAUGGCCGACCAGGUCCCUGUGGGCCACAUCCCCCGCACCCUGACUGUCAACUGCCACGGUGCCCUCACUCGUCAGCUGAAUCCUGGUGAUGUUGUUGAUAUUGGUGGUGUCUUCCUGCCUACCCCAUACACUGGUUUCCGUGCUAUUCGUGCGGGCCUUCUUACCGACACAUUCCUCGAGGCUCACCACAUUACUCAACACAAGAAGUCUUAUAAUGACAUGGGCAUGGAUCGCAUCACGCUGCGCAAGAUUGAGCAGCACCAGCGUUCUGGUAACAUGUACGAGUACCUCUCACGGUCCAUUGCUCCUGAAAUUUAUGGACACCUCGAUGUCAAGAAAGCCCUGCUUUUGCUCCUGAUUGGUGGUGUCACAAAAGAGAUGGGUGAUGGUAUGCACAUUCGUGGUGACAUCAACAUCUGUUUGAUGGGUGACCCUGGUGUGGCUAAGUCUCAGCUUCUCCGAUACAUUACCAAGGUUGCUCCUCGUGGUGUUUACACCACUGGACGAGGAAGCAGUGGCGUCGGUCUUACUGCCGCUGUUAUGAGAGAUCCAGUCACCGACGAGAUGGUGUUGGAGGGUGGUGCUCUUGUCCUUGCUGACAACGGUAUCUGCUGUAUUGAUGAGUUUGACAAGAUGGAAGACGCAGACCGCACUGCCAUCCACGAAGUGAUGGAACAGCAGACCAUCUCUAUUUCCAAGGCCGGAAUCACGACUACUCUCAACGCACGAACCUCCAUUCUUGCUGCGGCUAACCCCUUGUAUGGUCGUUACAACCCUCGCGUGUCGCCAGUUGAGAACAUUAACUUGCCCGCCGCUUUGCUCUCCCGUUUCGAUGUCAUGUUCCUGCUUUUGGACACUCCUUCCCGUGAAGGCGAUGAGGAACUCGCCAACCACGUCACCUAUGUCCACAUGCACAACAAGCACCCUGAAAGCGAAGACGCAGGCAUCAUGUUCACCCCCCACGAGGUCCGUCAGUACAUCGCCAAGGCGCGAAGCUUCCGUCCGAUCGUCCCCAGCACUGUCUCCGACUACAUGGUCGGUGCUUAUGUGGCUAUGCGCAAGAGACAAAAGGUGGACGAGUCCAAGAAGCGCCAGUUCUCUCACGUCACUCCCCGUACCCUCCUUGGUAUCGUUCGUUUGUCCCAGGCCCUGGCUCGUCUUCGCUUCAGUGAUCAAGUUGUUCGCGAGGAUGUUGAUGAGGCUCUGCGCCUCAUUGAAGUCAGUAAGGCUUCUCUGUACAACGACGGCGAGCAGGGCGCAGACAACACCCCCUCGAGCAAGAUCUACAACCUGAUCCGCAGCAUGAAGGAGAGUGGUGCCGCUGCCAUCGGAGAUGGCGAGGAAGGAGAAAUGAGCAUGAGACGUAUUCGCGAGCGCGUCCUGGCUCGUGGCUUUACCGAGGAUAACCUCACUAUGACUAUUGAUGAGUAUGCCGAGAUGAACCUCUGGCAAGUUACUGGCAAUGGAACUCGUCUGCUCUUCACUGAGGUUGACAGCGAUAUGGAUAUGUAA